AUCAGCAUCAGCAUCAGCAUCGGUAUCGAUAGUGAUCUUCAAGUUUUCGAUCAAACUCAACUGAUCACUAAAUAUCAUCAUGUCUGGCUUCAACUCAGGUGCUAUAGAUCCUGCACUCUUAAGUAGUAAUACUAAUAGUAAUAGUAAUGGAGUAGGAAAUCCAAUCAAUUCAUCUCAACUCAUCAACCAUCGAACUAGUCUUAACAAUCCAACUUCUUCAAACUCUUCUUCAAUCAAUCAUCAACCAUCUAACAAUCCAACUAACAUUCAUCCAACUACAUCUCAAUCAUUUUCAAUCAAUCAUCCAAAUCAAUCAUCAUCAUCAUCAUCUAAUCCUACUUCAAACAUUCAUCAUUCUUCAUUAUCUAGCUCGAUUCCUGCUCAUCUACAAACUAUUCAUCCUUCAGCUUUAGCUUCUCCGACUGUUAAUCAUACUCCACUCGCUGGUCCUCAAUCAGUACCUCCUUCUCUUAAUGGAGCGAACCCAUCAGCUUCAACUCCCGUGGUCACCGAUCCGUUUCAUUCGAAUGGCAUGUCUUUAAAGGAACAAGAAAUGCACCAGAAAGAUCAAGAACUAGCUCAAUUCUUAUUAAAGAUGGAUGAUUACAAACCCGUGAUUCCAGACGAAGUAGCUGCCUAUUACUUACAACGUGUAGGUUUCGAAUGUACCGAUGUUCGUAUCCAACGUUUAUUGGCCUUGGCGUGUCAAAAGUUUGUGGCCGAUAUUGCUCAAGAUGCAUUUGGAUAUGCAAGAACUCGGACCGGUCAAGCUCCGGGAGGAAGACAAGGUCCAUUGAUUCCGAAUGCUAAUUCGGCAAACUUAUCACAUGGUAAUCAACCUGGAACGAGUACUCGAAAGGAUCGAACGCGUACAGUCUUGACUCAAGAAGAUCUAUCACAGGCAUUAGGUGAAUAUGGGAUUAAUGCUAGUCGAGCCCCUUAUUACCUUUAGAUCAAUCUCUCUCUUUAGCCUCUGGUUUUGUAUUAGUAUGAUUCUCAGUUACAAAAAUGAAUCAAUGUCCAAUGUUGAGUUUUAGUGUACUACAUAUACCCUGUUCCAAUCGUUUAAACUUCACAAGUUGUUUCAUUUAGAACAAGAAGUUGGCAAUUGUCUUUGUCAUCAUUCGCCCCUGUGGCACAUCCAGAU